UGCCAUAUGGUCGCAAAAAGUUCGUAACAAUUGUCUACGUGUACCCUACGUGUCGAGACUACGAAGUAAAACAUUAGUGGGAGUGCCAUGGUGAACUUCGUGGGGAAAAGUUGACGACGACAAAAUCGGCACAAACCAAAAGCAGCAAACUAGGGUUCACUUCGGUAAGCAGCGCACAACCAGUGUCGUCAUCCUCUUCCGAAGAAAUAAGAGUGAGUGAUUGUUAGUGAYCUUUUUUCAUCAUUGAUGCUACGAGUAUUCGACCGGUGUUGUAGAUCGUUUUUUCGACGACUUCAUGGGCAGCAGAUAGCUGUCCGAUUUCAUUUUCCAUUUCAUCGCAUCAUCAAGUGGAGUAUCACAAAUCGAUAACUCUCUGUUGAUGUUUGCAACGCAACUCCGAGGGGUUGAAAAUGGCGCUGUUGAUAAAGGAAAUUCGCGCGCACAUGGUCAUUGYAGCCAGUUUCAGUCACGGAUGGCAUKAACGCGACUAGAACCCGAACAAAAUCUAUCAACGGAUCAGUGAUACUUAGGGUCGGUCCGCCUCAUUUCUUUAAAAUCAUGCCACAYUUUUACAAGAGACUCCCYCUUAUUUUGAUUCACAACAGUUUCGAACAACAUGUGGGAUGUCUCAUUUUUGGCCUCAAUAAAUCACCGCAUUUUCUUUAAUUCCRAAGUCUCUUUAAUCUGUCGAAUAUCCGUGUCGACUCACCGAGAUAACCCUCUCUUUCACUCUGUUAACUCUCUCUUUCGCCCCGCUAUUCCUACCUCGACGAUCAACUCCACUCGAAACUAUUGACACACUUUUGUGUCUGGGUUUUGUCUGUUGCCAUUUGACGAUCAUGGUUCCYGCUAAUGACWCUGUGUGGACAAACAAAUUAAUGGCGGAUCAAUCGUUGAUUGUUCAUAACUUUGGCAUGUAUCCGUGCAGAACACAUCGCAAGAUUGGAUUAGGUCUCUUCAGCCUACGUCCCAACUAUCGUUUCAGUAGUAGACGUCGUCGUGAGGAAGAAUUUGAACCGAUAGAUAUUUUAUUGUCAAAGCAACAUUCCAGCGUGAUGGGUGACGAUCAGCAAUCGGUCAAAGAAGAGACCCAAGGCUCUGAUGCGCAAGGUGAUGUAGCAGUAAUCCAACCAUCUUUUGAUGAUGAUGGUUUUCGCAAGAAGCCAUCGGAAAUGAGCGACGACAAGUGCUCCUCUCCCAAUCAUCGUGGAGGUCACAAGCAAAAUCUUUCGGAACACUUCCAAGAUGCCACCAAUUUGUCGAACGGAAGUCCAGCAAAAACGGGGCAAAAACACAGCAGAGCAUAUUCAGGAGAUGCAUCGAAUCCAGCGCAGGCUCAUCGACGAAUCGAUUCGGUUGGAAAAUCAGCUGCGAUUAAACGCGCCAAACCUCAUCGUAGGAUCGAUAGUUCAGGRCUCGACGCCUUGACUGCUGCCGCGGACUUUUCGCGAGAAGAAUUACAAGCUUCGGCCACUGGUAGACAUUCUUGGAACAACCAUCCCAACUUUAUUCGUCGAUCCCCCAUUGAAACAACAUUCGAYCAUACAGUACAUGGACCUGCUCCUCCAUCUCACCAACAACCUCCACCACAACUUCCUGGAAGUGUUCGAUCACCUAUGGAAACAGCUACAACAUUCGACCAUACGGUACACGGGUCUGCACCUCCACCUCAUCAACAACCUCCUCCACAACUUCCUGGAGCUGCUCACCACCGGCACUAUUCCUUAAAUUCAUCCGGAGGAUUACCAGCCCGGACAGUUUACUAUACACAUCCAUCCUAUCCCCAGCCACCAUAUCACCCCGCUUACCAUUAUCCCCCUCAUCCAGUGAGCAACGGAUAUCCACGUCAUCAUGGGCCACCACAUGGUCCUCCKCCACCAGCCAGCUAUCCUGUGCAGUAUGCUCGCCCGCGUGGUCAAGAUCCUUACACAAAGCACCACACCCCUUUGCAGCAACCUACUCUCGAACGUCCUCAUAGUGAAAACCCAGCGCGCACGUCUCCAACUGUCGCUAGCAUCGAUCAUAAACAUUCAGCAGUCAAAGUGAACGAAACCAUGGGACCACCCGCCCCACAUCAGUGGCCACGAGGUGGUAGCACGCAGGGUGUACAAACGUACGUAACUGCGAUUGCAGUGGAUUCGAGGCAACCUGGACCACCAGCUCCCAGAUCGAGCCCAUCAGCAGGUCAUCACCGGAAGUUAUCUUCUUUUUCGAAUUUGGGUCCUUUAUUAUGGGGCCAAUCGUCUCAACCAGAAUCAAUUGGAAGUGGGAGAGCCCAUCAUCGCUCGACCUCUUCGUCCAUUUCUUUUCUUGAUAGUGCAGAUGCUGCAUUUUUAAGGAAUUUACAAGAAACAACCGGCACUCGCGCUGCAGUUUAUGAUGCCACYAGUUUACAGGAAAAGAGCGAAUCGUCUUCUGUAAAACAACCUUCUUCUGCCCCAGCCUCUGCCGCAAGCAAGCUCAUGGCUGGUGGAACGAGUAAACGCGUUCGACGGAAAUGUACUGUUGAAGGCUGCCAUAAUCGUGUAGUUCAGGGUGGCCUUUGCAUAUCUCAUGGUGCCAAGCGUAAACUAUGCAAGUAUCCAGGAUGCAAGAAACACGUCAAGAAAGCCGGACUAUGUAGUACACACGGACCAGCACGAAAACGUUGUGAGUUGGAAGGCUGUACAAAGGUUGCUGUACAAGGCGGCCGUUGCAUUGCGCAUGGAGCGAAAAAGAAGCUAUGUUCUGUCGACCGAUGCACAAAACAAGCUAUUCUUAGUGGGAUGUGUAAGAAGCAUCAUGAUCAAAAGCAAGCGGGCGAAAAUCCUACCUGUACGAUUAUCGAUCCGAAAAAAUCUCGUYCUUCAAAGGGGCCGAAAAAGCCGGGUCACACACGUGGUCUCUCGAUUUUCCAAGAAAUUAGCGUAGAUGCUGUAGGUGACUUGCUAACGGCAGAUGCUGCCACGAAGCAAAAUAGUGGGAAAGGCGCACCGACGGCUGACCGUACAAUAUCCUCUUCUGUGGAAAAAAAUGAAGCAAGUCAUCAUCACCGCAGUACCGCUUCACGUGAGUUCAGAUUAUAUAUUCCAGUCCUUGACCUUAUAUGCCUUUAGCUGUCAAARCGURAAGUAUUCAUUMCGACCACUAACAUUAUUCCUCUCUUUCACGAUUGCGCAGAGGUGUUGGUUGAUAUGGUCUAAUCGGGAAAAACGAAGAUGCGAUAGAGACUCUAUGAUUCUUGUCUAUUACUCCAWUUUAUUUUAUGUAUUCAAGGGAUGCUAUAAAUCUUGAACAAUCCA